CCAUUUUUCCUAAAUAUUUCCAUCCUCAUUUUGGUAGAAUGUAGGGUUUGAAGCCCCCACGUCACAUCACAGCCGCAGCACUCCUUCCUGAUCCUUCUCGUGCUGGGCCGGCCUUCUCGUCCCCCAAGCUGCUCAGUGCUCGGACGCAAGCAACACCCCGCACGGACCACAGCUCAGUGCUCACCUUCCCCUCCCUUUGCUCAGUUGCCACUCAGUCGCUCUCUUCAUCGUCUCGCCGGCGAGCCGUUGCUGUUCGCUCUCCGAGUCGAGCCCUAAUAAGAGCCCGAGCUGCUGCCGCUGCUUCUUCUUCUUCUUCCUAGAUCCUCCUUUCCUCGCGCGAUCUGAAGUGCUGCUGCUGCUCCCUCCCCUCCGACGAGGCAAAAUGGUGAUUCCUCCGCCGGCAAGGCCCCCAAGGAUCGUGGACUUCCUCAAGCCUUAUGUUCUGAAGAUGCACUUCACGAACAAGUUCGUGAGCGCGCAAGUGAUCCACUCUCCAACGGCCACGGUUGCCUCCUCUGCUAGCUCGCAGGAGAAGGCCCUGAGAGCGAGCAUGGAGUCCACUCGGGAUGUGGCUGCUGCUGCCAAGAUUGGCAAGAUACUUGGAGAGCGUCUCCUCCUCCAAGGAAUCCCGGCCAUUUCGGUUCAUCUGAAGAGAGAACAGAAGUAUCACGGCAAAGUCAAGGCUGUGAUUGAUUCCGUUAGAGAGGCUGGUAUUAAGUUACUGUGAGAGGAAGGAGAGUUUGUGUUAGAGCGCGAGGUGGGGGUUUCUUGGUCGAAUAUUGUCCUUGGGAGAUGCUCACUUGCUACUGAGACGUUAUUUUCGUGUCGUAGCUAUCUUUUAAUCAAAGACCUACCUCUCGCAUUAUAUCUUUACCGUCUAUAAUAAUUUUUCGGACUUGUACCACCA